UGCUUUGGGCUGCAACAAUUUUUUUGUAACUAGGCUGGCUCAGGACAACGUCAAUUGGGCCAACAAGGGUUUAAGGAUUUUCUUAAACUGAAAACAGAAGGAUCACAGCCCUCUCUAGGGUUUAAAUCGAAAUCUUGCCCCCCUCUUCUCCUUAAGCACUGAAACAGAGUCACAGAGCCAACAGGAAAACAGAGAGAAGAGCAAGAAAGAAGUAAUGGAUUCAUUUUCUUCACAUUCAAGUAUGGGAUCUGGGUCACCUCAAAUGUCAGCAGAAGAUUUUAAGGACCAGUUAAAGAAUCAACUUGCACAAGCUUAUGCCCAGGAGUUCCUUGAGACUGUGAGGGACAAAUGCUUUGCCAAGUGUAUCACAAAACCAGGGUCAAGCCUGAGUGGGAGCGAAAGUAGCUGCAUCUCCAGGUGUGUGGAACGCUACAUUGAGGCUACUGGCAUCAUCAGUAAAGCUCUUUUCAAUGCACCACGCUGAACUUUAAGAAAGUUUCCCCCGAAGAUGUCCUGCAAGCUAUCAUGGGAACUCUUGAGCGAGAGCAGAGAUUGUGUUUUAUAUUUUAUCCCAUUUUUAGCAUUUAUCAUGGGAACAUAUAUUUUCUUAACAUUGAUCUGUAAAAGAUUUAUUCAGUUGAAUUUCAGCCAAUUUUUGGGCAAUUAAUUAGCAUUGUGGCGUAUAACGAUGGGAUUUACAUGCCCUUGCAAUAUGAGAAUGCUAAAAUAGCAAGAGCAUAGUAAAGGAUUACAUAGGUACUGCGAUCUCAAUGAAUGUAUAGAUUCUAUCAGCCAAUAUUUACCUGAAAUCCCUUCUCCUGAUCAA